AGAUUUGUUGUCAGAAUUUUUUUUUUCUUCUUCUUUAUUUUCACUUGUCUGAGGGCUUCCAAAAAAAAAAGUGCUUUUCACACCUGUUGUGCAUUUUGUGAUUGACGCAUGCUACGUAACGCCAUUUAAUCUGAAGGAUGGCGGACCGCCUGAAGACAAAAUGGCUGAUUUUGACAGCACCGACGAAGCCAACUCCAGCGGCGGCUGUGGCGGCGACGUCUUCGCUCAACUGCUCGCCUACUUUGAAGACCUUCGUCCACCAGGGAAUCCUUUCAAAUCCCAACUUCCCACCAUGGCGACUACGGAGCGGCCUCGUAUGAUGGACUUGAACCCGGAGGAACCGAGACGUGACCCGGUGGACCCGAGCCAGGAUUACAAUCUUCCUUUCUUGGACAUCUCGUCGGCCAUCAAGUCGGUUGCCGCGACGGGAGCGUGGAACUUUGGGAAAAUGAACGCUUUGCACAAGUUGUUUUCGACUCCCGGACAUGAGGAAAACAAGUCUCCUUUGUUUCCACCAGUGGAUGAGGAUUCCACAGAAGAAGAGCCUGUCGAUCCAGUGGAAGACGAAGAGCCCAGUGUGUCCUUCCAGUCGAAGUAUAUUCACAUCUUUCCCCUCUACCAAGACUAUUGUGUGCAGGAGCUGCGAGACGACCUCCAGAGACUUAACACGAAGACCUCGCUGUCUGAGCUGAUCGCCCCCCAGUACCUGCAGGGUCUGCAGUCGCGUCUCAGUUCCCAACAGUCGCCUUUGCAGAGCUCGCCCGGGUCCGUCUCUGCCUCUCCUCCGGAUCGCUCGCCCGGGUCCGUCUCUGCCUCGCCUCCGGAUCGCCACGUGAUCCGCAUGGCGCCGUGCACGUUGUGGCAAGACCUGGACGAGGUCAAGGCGGCCGGUUUGCUCGGCGGCCUGACGGUCCGACAAAUUCGACUUCAAGAGACCAUGUUUGAGUUGAUCGGCUCAGAGGCGUCUUACUUGAGGAGCUUGGGCAUCGCUGUGGAUCACUUCUGUGCGUCCAAGGACCUCAAGCGCACCUUGUCCCAAAUGGAGCACCACACUUUGUUCUCCAACAUCCGUCAUGUGAAGGCCACCAGUGAGAAGUUUCUCAUGGACUUGGAGGCCCGCCUGGGCGAGAGCGUGUUCAUAUCCCAGCUCGGGGACAUUGUACUUGAUCACUGCCCCGCCUUCCGCACCCACUAUGUGCCCUACGUCACCAACAUGAUGUACCAGGAGGCUCUCAUCAACCAGCUGCUGCAGCAGAACCGAGGCUUCGUGGCGUCCCUCAAGCAGCUCGAAGGCGAGCCGCUGUGCCAGAGGCAGGGUCUCAAGUCCUUCCUCGUCCUUCCCUUCCAAAGGAUCACUCGCAUUAAGCUCAUUCUGGAGAAUAUCCUGAAACGGACUGAAGCGGAUUCCGAUGCUGUGUCAUAUCUUCACAAAGCAAAAGAGGCCAUUCAUGAGAUUGUGAGCGAGUGCAAUGAUGGCAUCAAAAAAAUGAAAGUCAUUGAGCAACUGGUCUCCCUGGAGUUGCUGCUGGACUUUGGCAAACUGAAGGCGGUUCCUCUGGUCAUAAGUGGACGUUUUUUGGUACACGAGGGUCCUUUGAGGCUGCUGACCGUGGAGAGCGGCCCCAACCCCAAAACGUCGCUCACAAAUGUCCACCUUCACCUCUUCAAUGACUUGUUGAUCCUCUCCUCCAAAAAGUACCUCACGCAUAGUGUGGCAUCAAGCCAAAUGGAGCAGCACUUCCUGGUGGAGGACCACGCAAAAUUCCCCGCAUACGUGCACGUUGCGCCGCUAAAGACUGAAGUUCUGGGCCUACCGCCGGAAUCCUUCCUGUUUCAUCUCUCUCGGAAUCACACCGGACAACCGACCGCCAUGAUACUAGUCGCACACAGCAGGUCAGACAAGGAGCAGUGGAUGAAGGUGCUGAAGUGCGCUGACUGAAACCUGGGCUUUUUCCAAAUUGUAUUAUGCUCCAAAGUAGUUUUGGGAAAAUUAUUCACUUCUCCUUUUGUGCACUUUAGUGGUAAUCUCACACAGUAAACACGAGUUCAAAAUGCUCAUCACAAUCACAACUGAAAUGAACUUGCAAAAGGAAAGCGCUCACCUUUUUAUACACAUUUAGAGCUGCUUUGGUUAAGUACUUGUAGGCUCUUUAAUGUGGUGGCAGUGGCACAUUAUCCCCCAUCUGUUUUUAAUGUAUUAAAUUGUUACUUCAGAUUGGGUAGUUGGAAAUUAAAAAAAUGUAAUAUGUCAUACAA